UGGUUCGGUCUGUAGUAGGUGGGACUCCCGAACCGAGCGGUCUGCAGCAGGACGUCGUAGAUCAAUGAACCGGACCGGAGGGCUGGUCCAUCUCCUGCUGCGCGUCUGAUGUGUCAGAACACCUUCAAUCCAGGAUUUUGUUUCUUCGGGUUGUUUGCUGUUAACCAGCCGGUCCAGGAUGUUAUAAACCCGCUGGGUCUCGUCGCAUCAUUUGUUCUGAUUAUUUGUUUGAACUGAAAAACCUCCAGGAUGAUUUUUGCAAACACAGGAAAUCCUCUGAAAACAACCAGCCGAAAGCAGUCGUACCCCAUGACUCCGUCCAGUCCCAGCAGCAGCAGCAGCAGCAGCACAGGCCUGGAGCAGCUCAGCAAAACUAAUCUCUACAUCCGAGGCCUGCCUCCCGCCACCACGGAUCUGGAUCUGGUCAAACUCUGCCACCAGUAUGGAAAGAUUCAGUCUGCAAAAGCUAUCCUGGACAAGACGACCAACAAGUGUAAAGGUUACGGCUUCGUCGACUUUGACAGCCCAGCUGCUGCUUUAAAGGCGGUACACGCUCUGAAAACCAGCGGCAUCCAGGCCCAGAUGGCUAAGCAGCAGGAGCAGGAUCCCACAAAUCUUUACCUUUCCAACUUGCCUCUGUCCGUGGAUGAGAAGGAGCUGGAGAAGAUGCUGCAGCCGUUAGGUCAGGUCGUCUCCACUCGGAUCCUCAGAGACUACAGCGGGAACAGCCGAGGCGUUGGAUUUGCCAGGAUGGACACGACGGAUCAGUGUAACGCGGUCAUCUCUCAUUUCAACGGGAAGUUUCUCAAGUUAGCUUCUGGAGGUCUUGCUCCAUCUCAGCCUUUGCUGUGCAAAUUUGCAGACAGUCAAAAAAAGAAACACAGUCACAGUGGGUUGGUUCCCAGUGGACAGAGAGGGGAUCUCAGACUAGGUGCCAUGACUCUCACAUAUGACCCUUCCUCAGCAGCCAUUCAGACUGGGUAUUAUUCUUCUCCAUACCCUGUGAGCAACAGAAUAAUGACGGUGCAGCCGACAAUGUCUCCAUACAUGUCUCCGGUUCCGGCAUACCAGGUGCAGAGUCAUUCGUGGGUGGCGCACCAACCCUACAUCAUGCAACACCCGGCUGCUGUGAUGUCUCCCUCUGUGGACCCCUCUGUGUCGGUGCACCCCACAGCCAUGAUCACUCAGCAGAUGGGCCAGCUGCUGUUGGGAAACAACGGAUCGUAUAUUUCUGCCAGCCCCAGUGUCCAGGAAGCCUAUAUGCUUCAGUACCCCUCCAUGCAGGCAGCACCUGAAAACAGCUCGCUGCAGCAAGUGGAUUCUUCCAACAACUCGUCUCCUUACAGUCAACUCAGCAAGUAACGCAGGCCUCGUCACGGCUCCGUAACUCGGAGGACAGGCGGAGAGCUGCCGAGGACAUCGCGGGGAUCUAACCCUGCCCUGUUUGGACCAGACACACGAACUUUUCUCUGUUUUUUUUGCACAGCCUCAUUAUUCGUAGUGGAAAUGGAAGAUGAUGGACACGGACUUGAGCGGUUGGUCAUAAAAAAGAAAAGAAAGAAAAGUAGAUUUAUUUUAAUAAGAACCAAGAUGCUCUUCUUUUUCCUCUUUUUCAAUAAUUUUCAAACAGAAGACCCCUCCACCACUCCCAUUAAAAUGCAUGACACCCCCUCCCCCGCCCCCCACUUCGUUACGGUGUUUGUGAUUUUCUUUAGAGCUCCUACAAUUGUGGUAAACGACGAACCUGUUUGCACUGAAGUUUUAAUAAGAAUAACUUCGUUUUGGUUUUCAAAGUUGCAGCCGACAGCUGAAACCAUUUCAUUAGGAUUUAAUAAAUUUAUCAUCGGACACGGUGCCUUUCCUACAGAACAUCGAACAUCGUUGACAUUUUCUCAUCAAACCCGAUCAGGUAUUAUCGUUCUGGUGAUCAGAUGUGUGUGAAAUCGUGGCGGUUUCCACGGAGCGUUUCGCUAUCUAAUCAUUUGGUGGCAAUAAAGACGACGCGAGUCUCACGGCAAUACUGAGCGAAGACGGCGACGAACUCAGAGCACGCUUUCUUUAUUUUCCUUUCUUUGUCGGGACAGGUCAUGAAACACGAGCUGUACUUUAA